UGUUUCUUUUUUGAAUUUAUUUUUCUAUUGCUACAGUGUGAUCAUAACCAGAUUAUGUAAUAACCAAAAAUUCCCAUGAAUUUACUUCAAUCCAAAGAGGGGCCUUAAUUUCGUAGUAGGAUUAUAAACCGACAAUAGUUACGGAUCAAAUAAAGGUGUUGCUUGAAAGAGAAUUGCAUGAGAUGUUCCUGUUCUUGGCUCUAAUCCAGUGAAAUAUCUACCUGGGAGGAGGCGCCGAAAUUGUAAGUGCAUGCUUACAGAGUUCUAUCAUGCACAAUCAUGUAUGCACACCGAUCUAUCCAAAAGAUUAGCUCGCGACCCUCUCCGCCCGCACCGCCGGCUCCCCGGGAGGCCGCAUCCGGCCUGCCACAAGUACACCUAUGUCGCCGCCUCCCCGGGGGCCACAAUUGGAAGUGGGAUGACCAAGGAGAAGGCACGCGGCGGGGGCCAGGCGAUCAAGUGGGAGGCGGAGCUCGCCUCCCCCAAUGGCGACGACUUCAACCUCAAGUGGAAGUGGGAGGCCAAGUCCAAGCCUGGUGCUGCCGGCAAGGCCAAAACCAAGUGGGGCACCCAGGAAGCCAACAAAGAUGACAAGAAGAAGCCGACGGUGAAGUGCGUCCAGAGCAAGGAGAUCCCCGCUGGCUGCGACAUCCAGAUCGAGUUUGUUCUGUAGACACACAACAACUGCAACAUCCAUGAACUCCAGUGGAAUCCUCAACCAAGGUUCGCCAGUACCUGAGUCGUUUGCCUUGUCUCAAAAGAGGUUAUAUAAGCUACAUAUUUGUGUGUGCAUUUUCACUUCUCCUUUACCAGCCACAACUUUGCUUUAUAGUGCGCAACUAUCUGACGAGGGUUAAGUAACUGAGAAACUAAGCUUUGGGAGAUCCAAAAUCGUUUUAGAUGGUACAUCAUGAGAAUGAAAUUCAUGUUUUCCACCUUGAGGUUGUUACACGCGUACUGAUUUUUCUCUUUGUUGAGAAAAUAAAUUGUUUUGUCUUCCUAUGCAUAAAAAAAUAGUGAAUCUGAUGCUCCAUCAAGGUGGGCUGAAAGGAUUGAAAUUACUCAACUUAUUUUUUUGUUAUAUCUGAUUAUAGAUAUUUUAUAUAGUAUCAUAUACUGUUAAUAAACAAUUUUGCUUUUUGCUUGACAUUGAUGUGGUGGUGAUUUGCUUUAUAGGUUAAAUUAUCUUACCGCCAUAAUGGUUUACCGAAUAAAGAUUUGUUUUGUCAUGUUUUUAUACCAUGUCUUCAGGAUUUUUCAGUUCUCUUGCCAUACAUAACAUGUCACAGUCCUUCAGGUUUUUGGGCUGUUCUUCUGCCAUUCCAUCUAUAUGUGUGUGUGUGUGUGUGUGUGUUCAUGUGACAUUUUUUGUGACAUGCUCAAAGUGAUGUAAUUAACCAGACCAUUACUGUUAUUAGUGCUUAGUUCCUCCUAUAUCUUUCUUUGAGAAAUUCUAAUGAUGUGGUCUAUAUUUCCUUCAAUCUGUGGAAUAUAUAUUGUGUAACCA